UUAUCCAACAUGUUUCUCGCAAAGCAAAAGAAGUUGCCUAUAAAAAGGGAAGUCCAAAACCCAGAAAUACAAGAGAGUCGAAAUUUCCAGCGAAAACCCAGCCUGCAGCAAGCCAAUGGCAGGAUCGGAAAGUAAGGGGCUUCCUAUGAUUGAUAUGCAAGAUUUUCCUGGGCAACUAGCAAAGUUGAUCGAGGCAUGUGAAGAAUGGGGAUGCUUCAGAAUUGUGAAUUUUCAAAAUUUUGUUCCACAAUCACUUAUGCAGGAUAUGAAGGGUGUAAUCAGAUCAUUGCUCGACCUUCCAAUUGAAAUAAAAAGGCGAAAUGUGGAUGUGAUUGCUGGAAGUGGGUAUAUGGCACCCAGCAAAAUUAAUCCACUUUAUGAGGCUCUGGGACUCUAUGAUAUGGCCUCUGCUCAAGAUGUUGAUGCCUUCUGUACGCAGUUAGAUGCAGCCCCUCACCAAAGGCAGACAGUUUUAAGAUAUGCUAGGGCAGUGAAUGAACUUAUGAUGGAUAUUGGGCAUAAAAUCGGAGAAGGGCUUGGUCUGAAAGGUAUUCCGUUUAAGGGUUGGCCUUGCCAGUUCAGGAUUAACAAAUACAACUUUACCAAUGAAAAUGUAGGUUCCUCUGGUGUACAACUACACACAGACUCCAGCUUUCUUACUGUUCUACAGGAUGAUGAAAUUAUUGGUGGUCUUGAAGUAAUGAGAAAAUCAGGCACAUUUUUUGCGAUUGAUCCCUGCCCGGAAACUCUUCUUGUCAACCUUGGAGACAUUGCAGCAGUAUGGAGCAAUGGACGAUUUUACAAUGUGAAGCAUCGAGUGCUAUGCAGGGAAGCAGGAAUAAGGUUGUCAAUCGCUUCAUUUCUCUUAGGACCAAAGGAAGGAAUGGUGGAAACACCAGCAGAACUAGUGGAUUCUGAACAUCCUCCUCUCUAUAUUCCUUUUACUUACGAAGAAUUCAGAAAGCUUCGAGUCUCUAAGAAGUUACAUACUGGUGAAGUUCUUGAUCUUUUACGAGUACAAUCCUAAAAAUUAAUUUAAGCAACGUUCAUUGUUUCUGGUACUUCUCUACAAGAAAGUAUCAGAGUGAAUGUGGUUUGGCUCUUCUACUAGCUGCAGUUAUUUUUGACAUUAUGCAGAUUAAUUACGGUAUUCCUGAGACAAUUAUUGCUCUUAUUUUCUCUAAAUAAUAAAAAUAAUGUAAACAGGGCGUGAAUUGUCUUAAUCUUAA